UCGGUACUGCAUGUGUUUUGUUGACCAGAGGGGUUUCCCCACUUCUCAAGGACAGUCAUGGCGAAAGGGCAUGUUCUAAACCUAGCUCGCCGCUCCCAUCGUCAUUCUCAAUCAAUAUCGACUCUACCUGGUCCUCCGGGACCUUAUGUGAUGAUCUACGACCGGUUGGCGGAAGCGGUGAAGCAGAAAUUGAAAAGGCUUGAAAAUCCCGAGGAUAGGUUUCUAAAAUACAACAAUCCACAUCCAAAAGAUAUGAUACCACCACCUCCGCUCUCUUUCCCACUCACUCGUGUCACUACACUCCCUAACGGUCUCCGAGUGGCCACCGAGUCUGCUCCUAAUUCUCCUAAUAUGGCUACUGUAGGUAUCUGGAUUGACGCCGGGUCCAGAUAUGAGCCUGAUAACACUCACGGCACUGCUUCUUUCUUGGAUCGUAUUAUUUUUACAGGGAGUAAGCGGAGGAAGAAGAGACAACUUGAGCAGAUUGAAAAUAUUGGAGGGGAAUUGUUUGCAGAAACUUUCAGAGAGAAGACAUCUUAUUAUGCUACGGUCAUGGGUAAUCAUGUCCCUCUAGCAUUUGAUAUAUUGUCUGAUAUCUUGCAAAAUCCCAGGUUCACUACUAAAAGAAUUCAUAUAGUGCGUAAUGAGAUUUUAAAAGAAUUCAUGAACCAAGACAACCACAAGGUGUUAGCACAGACAGAGGAACUCAUUUUUGACCAACUCCAUGCAACUGCUUUUCAGCAUAGUCCUUUAGGAAGGACUAUUUCUGGACCUGCUAAAAAUAUCAGCUUAAUCACAGAGGAGGAUCUUCAGAAUUAUAUAUCGACACACUACACAGCUCCAAGAAUGGUAAUUGUUGCUUCUGGAGCAGUUAAACAUGAAGAUAUUGUUGAGCAAGUACAGUCUAAGUUUAUAAAGUUCUCAGAGGGUUUAACAACUUCCGAGUUAGCUGCAGAAGAACCUGCAAUUUUUACAGGCUCUGAGGUUAGGAUUAUUGACGACAGUGUUCCUCUUGCGCAAUUUGCCGUUGCUUUUAAGGGAGCAUCUUGGACAGAUCCAGAUUCCACAGCCUUAAUGGUAAUGCGAACAAUUUUGGGUUCUUAUAAUAAAAGAUCUGUUAGUUCAGGUGGUGGAAAGCACAAGGGCUCUAUGCUCGUGCAGAGGAUUGCCAUUAAUGAUAUAGCUGAAAGCAUGACGGCCUUUAACUAUAACUAUAAAGAUACUGGUUUGUUUGGGGUUCAUGCUGUAGCUAAGCCGGAUUGUUUGGACGAUUUAGCUUAUGCGAUAAUGUAUGAGGUGACCCAGUUAUGCUAUAGGGCUUCGGAGGAUGAUGUGGUUCGUGCUCGCAAUCAGCUGAAAUUUUCCCUGCUAACGGAGGGAACCAUUUCUGUUGCACAAGACAUUGGCCACCAGCUACUUGCAUACGGACGAAGAAUUCCAUAUGCGGAGCUAUUUGCUAGGAUUGAUGCUGUGGAUUCCAGCACCAUCAAACGUGUUGCAUGUCGUUUUAUAAAAGAUAAGGAUAUUGCAAUUGCCGCUGUUGGGCCUGUCCAAGGCCUACCCGAUUACAACUAUUUUGCUCGUAGAACCUACUGGAACAGAUGCUAGGUGGAUAAAAUUGUUAAUUUUCUACAUCAAAAUCAGCUGACAGCUGCUAGGAGAAGGCUGUCCUAAAUUAUCUUUUGUUUGUGCCAUUUAGGAGUUGCUAAUUACUAGCAUACCUAGCGAUAAAGUAUCAUACUUAUGCU